AGUUUGAAUUUAAUUACAAACCUCGAGAGAGUAGAAGAUAAAAAGAAAGAAGAAAGCUAGUUUGAAACACUCUAUGCCUCUAUGGUGGUCUUCUACCAUAAAAAGAAAAACAGUAAAAGCGCCAGACCACAGAGCGUUCAUAAUUUAUAAAUUCCCAUUUCGUGAUUGGGAAGCUGUUCGCCACACGAAAGAGUAGAUAAGAAGAAGAAGAAGAAGAAGAAGAAGAGGGGUUCGAGGUCUCUCUCUCUCUCUCUCUCUACCCUUUGUCGGAAGAUCUCUCUCACUGUCUCCUGCCCCCGCCAUGGAUCCAUACAAGUUCCGCCCUUCAAGUGCGUACGAUUCCCCCUUUUUCACUACAAAUUCUGGUGCCCCAGUCUGGAACAAUAACUCUUCAUUAACAAUUGGAUCCAGAGGCCCUAUUCUUCUUGAGGAUUAUCAUGUGGUUGAGAAGCUUGCCAAUUUUGAUCGAGAACGGAUUCCCGAACGUGUUGUCCAUGCCCGGGGAGCCAGUGCCAAAGGUUUCUUUGAGGUCACCCAUGAUAUUUCUCACCUCACAUGUGCUGAUUUCCUUCGGGCCCCUGGAGUCCAGACACCUGUCAUCGUCCGUUUCUCCACUGUUAUCCAUGAGCGAGGCAGCCCUGAGACACUGAGGGAUCCUCGAGGUUUUGCGGUGAAGUUCUACACUAGAGAGGGUAACUUUGAUCUAGUGGGAAAUAACUUCCCUGUCUUUUUCAUCCGCGAUGGAAUAAAAUUCCCAGACAUGGUCCAUUCUCUUAAACCCAAUCCCAAGUCACACAUCCAGGAGGAUUGGAGGAUUCUCGACUUCUUUUCCCACCAUCCAGAAAGUUUGCACAUGUUUUCAUUCCUCUUCGAUGAUCUGGGUGUUCCACAAGAUUACAGGCACAUGGAUGGUUCUGGUGUCAACACCUAUACCCUAAUCAAUAAGGCUGGAAAAGCGCACUAUGUGAAGUUUCACUGGAAACCAACUUGUGGAGUAAAGUGUUUAUUGGAGGAUGAGGCAAUAAAGGUCGGAGGAUCUAAUCACAGCCAUGCAACUCAGGAUCUCUACAACUCAAUUGCAGCUGGAAACUAUCCUGAAUGGAAACUUUUUAUCCAGAUAAUGGAUCCUGAUCAUGAAGACCGAUUUGACUUUGACCCACUGGAUGUAACCAAAACCUGGCCUGAGGACAUCUUGCCACUCCAGCCUGUGGGUCGCAUGGUCUUGAAUAAAAACAUUGAUAACUUCUUUGCAGAGAAUGAACAGCUUGCAUUUUGCCCAGCUAUUGUGGUUCCUGGUGUUUACUAUUCAGAUGAUAAAUUGCUUCAAACUCGUAUUUUCUCAUAUGCUGAUACUCAGAGACACCGUCUGGGGCCAAACUAUCUGCAACUUCCAGCCAAUGCUCCCAAAUGUGCUUUUCAUAACAAUCACCAUGAUGGUUUCAUGAAUUUCAUGCACCGGGAUGAAGAGGUCAAUUACUUCCCUUCGAGAUAUGAUCCGGUUCGUCAUGCUGAGACAUACCCAAUUCCGCCUCGUAUCCACACUGGAAAGCGUGAGAAGUGCGUUAUUGAAAAGGAGAACAACUUCAAGCAGCCUGGAGAGAGAUACCGAUCAUGGGCACCCGACAGGCAAGAGCGAUUCAUAUGCCGAUGGGUUAAUGCAUUGUCUGACCCACGGGUCACCCACGAGGUCCGCAGCAUCUGGGUCUCUUACUGGUCUCAGGUCUGGUCUGAACUGCAUGCUUUUAAUGACUUCCGACUCCAAAUUACGGCUAUAUACUACUCAUAAAUCUAUUGCGAACUGAUAGGUAUUAACCCUUUCGGGUCUUUUGACAGGCUGACAAGUCUCUGGGUCAGAAACUGGCAUCUCGCCUCAACGUGAGGCCUAACAUUUGAAGGUCGUGUCUGCCCAGAUAGGUAUAUUUUGAGUUGCGAAGAUGAGAAAGUGUGAUUAAUAGAUAAAGCUAUAGGGAGGAUAUGCAUCGCAUGGGAACCAAGCAUAAAACCGAUGUUAAAAUCAUUUGAUCGCUGUGUUAAAUUGUGUAAACUAAGAAACUUGCAUGUUGCGUCUCUGUAAUCCUGUGGUGUUGCAAAUUUAAUAAACUGUGGUUCUAUUUGCCAGUUAUAGAUAAAA